AUGCAGCCCCCUCGUCUCCUCCUAUUCCUCUUGCUCCCCCUCCUCCUCCCUGGGAUGUGGGCAGACCCAGAGGCAGAGCCACAGGUUUUACAGCUGCUUCAGACCAGUUUUAUCACCAACUUCAGCUCUGCUGAAAUGUCCGGGGUUGCUCUACUGGGGGACGUGCCCAUCUUUGCACUGGAUCCUGCCAACUGGAGCAUCCACUUCCACUGGCCCUGGGCCCGCCAGGCCACAGCCAAGGGUGACGCAGAGAAGAUUAAAUCCCACUCAAAACUCUUUCUGCGCAAUAUGGUCCGAUACGUGCACGAAAUGGCCCAGCAGGUGCAAUGCAACUAUCCAUUGGUGGUCCAGAUCCGUGCGGGCUGUGUGCUGCACCCCAAUAGGACAAGCUGGGGCUUCAUGGAUGUCGGAGAGGGUGGCAGAGACCUCAUAGCUUUUGAGAUGGAGAGGCAGCGCUGGGAGCCCCAGCAGCCAUCCCCACUAGCUGAGCUUGUCAGCAAGUCCCUCACCAGCAAGAAGGCCAUCACAGCGCUCAUGGAGCACCUCCUCUCCAUUUUCUGCCAAAGCUACAUCCUCACCCUCUGCAGGUAUGGGAGGACUGAUCUGGAGAGACAAGAGCCACCUGUUGCCACGGUCUUCUCCC